AAAGAUGGCGGCGAUGCAAGUGGCCGAGUCGCUGCCGGGCGGGCAGGCGCGAGACGUUCCACGAGAGCCACCGCCCGAGCAGGGCAGUGGGUUCCGCUGCUUAUCGGCCAGGCUCUGCGCCCUCCGUCCUGACGACAGCAGCUCCGCCCGCACCGAGAUCCACCUGCUCUUCGACCAGCUCAUCUCUGAGAACUACGGCGAGGUCGGCGGCGUGGCCCCGGAGGAUGUCAGUGCUCUUCUUGUCCAAGCUUGCCGACUGGUGCCUCUUAAUCAGAAUCAUCUUGUCAGCAAAGUGUCUCAACUUAUCCACCAUUUACUUAACAGAUUACAGGUGAUUGUUGAUGAACAAAACCUGGAUUUCCUGUUGGCAUAUACUAUUUCUGCUAUUCAGCAGUGUAGUUCCUGGACACACAUGGAGAUUCUCCAAGCCCUGGCAGCUCUGGUUUACUGCAAUGGCUCAAAAUGUCAAAAGUACCUCCCAGACUUGCUCGGCAAGAGCGGGAUUUUGAUGAAGUUGAGUGACUCGGCUCAGCCCGACCCUGAAGCUAGGAGAGCUGCAGUGCACUGCAUGGCAAACUUGUGUCUCAGUGUACCAGGACAGCCAUACUUGGAGGAACCCUACCCAAAUAUCUGCUUCCAGGCUUUCUUGACCACUUUACAGUCUCCAAAAUCAUCUGAUAUGGAUGAUAUCACGUUUUGCAUGUUGUUACAAAAUGCAUUGAAAGGUAUACAGUCUCUUCUCAAUGGGGGUAAGAUGAAACUGACACAGACCGAGGAACUUGGAGCUCUUCUGGCUGUGCUAAAGAAAUCUAUGUUUCACGGACUCCCGGGACUAAACAUAGAGCUGCCCACGGUGUUAUAUCCCACUCCGCUUCCUCAGUAUGACGGGCGGCCACCUGUCAAACCGCAGCAAUCCGAAUCCAACACUUCUCGACCAACUGUGAAUAAAAAGAAGAAAUCAAAAGUAAAAUCAAGGAAAAUCCAGCAAGAAGAGGAAGAGGAAGAAUCCAGUGGUGAAAGAGAAGCAGCCCCCAUCACUGGCUCAGGCAAAGAGAACCUGCGUGAGGGGAGCACUCCCUGCUCCUCCUCCCUGGGAGUCCGAAGUUUGCCUGUAGAGGGAAGCAGCAUGGCAGGAAGAGACCGAGUCUCCACCCCCUUCCGUUCUGCCAGUUGGAAAAAGGUCAGCAGUAGUGAGUCUGACUAUUCGGAUGCUGAAGGAGGCAUGCAGAGUAAAAUGAGGUCUUACCAAGCCAAAGUUCGCCAAGGAGCAUUAGCUUGUUUUCUUUCUACUAUAAAAUCAAUAGAAAAAAAAGUUCUUUAUGGCUACUGGUCAGCCUUUGUUCCUGAUACACCCGAGCUUGGAAGCCCUCAGUCAGUGUCCCUGAUGACUCUUACGUUAAAAGAUCCUUCUCCAAAGACACGUGCGUGUGCUCUGCAAGUUUUAUCCGCCAUCUUGGAAGGCUCAAAGCAGUUUCUUUCUGUUGCUGAAGACACCAGUGACCACAGAAGGGCUUUUACUCCCUUCUCCGUGAUGAUCGCAUCCAGCAUUAGAGAGUUACACAGAUGUCUUUUGUUAGCUUUGGUGGCGGAGUCAUCCUCACAGACCCUCACUCAGAUAAUUAAGUGCCUUGCAAAUUUAGUAUCAAAUUCACCUUACAACCGUCUGAAACUCAGCCUGUUGACCAAAGUCUGGAACCAGAUAAAGCCUUAUAUCCGCCACAAAGAUGUGAAUGUUCGAGUGUCAAGCCUCACUCUCUUGGGAGCCAUAGUGUCCACUCACGCGCCUCUACCUGAAGUCCAGCUCCUUUUACAACAGCCCUGCUCUUCCGGACUCAGCAAUAGCAAUUCAGCAACUCCUCACCUCAGCGCUCCUGAUUGGUGGAAGAAAGCCCCCUCAGGACCCUUUUUGGAAGAGGCUUCAGUUAGCUCCCCUAAGGGGUCUUCAGAGCCUUGCUGGCUCAUCCGACUUUGCAUUUCCACUGUUGUAUUGCCCAAGGAGGAGUCCUGUUCCAGUAGCGAUGCUGGCUGUGCAGCGGGGAGCAUCUAUGAACCAUCCCCCAUGCGAUUGGAGGCCUUACAGGUGUUAGCUCAUCUGGCCAAGGGCUACUUUUCAAUGGCUCAAGUGUACUUAAUGGAGCUUGGAGAGGUGAUUUGCAAGUGCAUGGGGGAAGCAGAUCCGUCUAUUCAGCUUCAUGGAGCAAAGCUUCUGGAAGAACUGGGGACAGGCUUAAUACAGCAGUAUAAACCAGAUUCUACCAUAGCUCCUGACCAGAGAGUGCCAGUCACCAUGGUGGUGAUGUUCUGGACAAUGAUGCUAAACGGCCCUCUGCCCAGAGCCCUGCAGAACUCAGAGCACCCGACCCUGCAGGCGAGCACCUGUGACGCCCUGUCUUCCAUCCUGCCCGAAGCCUUCAGCAGCCUGCCGAGCGACAGGCAGAUCCUGUGCAUCACCAUGCUGCUUGGGCUGAACGACAGCAAGAACCGUCUAGUGAAAGCGGCGACCUCGCGGGCCCUUGGAGUCUAUGUGCUUUUCCCCUGUCUCAGACAGGAUGUCAUAUUUGUUGCAGACACAGCGAAUGCAAUAUUGAUGUCACUUCAAGACAAAUCUCUGAAUGUCCGGGCCAAAGCAGCCUGGUCCCUGGGCAACUUGACAGACACUCUGAUUGUCAACAUGGAAACCCCAGACCCAAGUUUCCAGGAAGAGUUCUCUGGUCUCCUGCUCUUGAAGAUGUUGCGAUCAGCUAUAGAAGCGUCCAGGGAUAAAGACAAGGUAAAAAGCAACGCAGUGCGGGCCCUUGGAAAUUUGCUUCAUUUUUUGCAACCGUCUCAUAUAGAAAAGCCCAGGUUUGCUGAAAUCAUUGAGGAGUCUAUCCAGGCCCUCAUCUCUACUGUGCUGAAUGAGGCUGCCAUGAAAGUCCGAUGGAAUGCUUGCUACGCAGUGGGGAAUGUAUUUAAAAAUCCUGCUCUUCCAUUAGGAACAGCCCCGUGGACCUCCCAGGCCUACAACGCCCUGACGUCGGUUGUGACAUCAUGCAAGAACUUCAAAGUGCGCAUCAGAUCUGCCACUGCCCUUUCCAUCCCGAGCAAGAGAGAGCAGUAUGGGUCAGCUGAGCAGUACGUUCAGAUCUGGAACGCAUUGGUCACUGCCUUACAAAAGAGCGAAGACACCACAGACUUUUUGGAGUUCAAGUACUGUGCCAGCCUACGGACCCAAAUCUGCCAGGCACUGAUCCACCUCUUGAGUUUGGCCAGUGCCUCAGACCUGCCCUGCAUCAGAGAAACCCUUGAAUCGAAUGGGGACAUGGUGCAGUCCUUUAUCCUACAGUUUUUAAAAUCAGGAGUAGAGGGAGAUGAUACCGGAGCACCCCACAGCUUGCACGAAAGAGACCAGAUGGUCAGAAUGGCCCUGGAGCACAUAGGCAGCAUCCAGGCACUGGCAGGCGACUCAGCCAAAAGGGCCAUCAUGGACUUUCUAGAAGAUACCCUCACCAUUUAUUUUGAUUCCUCUGGAUCACAGGUAGCACUCCUGGGACUGACAGAUCGGUGAAUGGUCUGCCAUACCUUCCAGGUGUCGUGGUAAUGGAAAGACCCAAGCUUGAGUAUCAGAUAUGCAGGAUUCAAUUUUAGGGGCAGAAACAACCCAUUCAAUUUUAUUCAGAAUGGGCUCACAUCUAUUUAAAUUUUUCCCAAAGGGCUCAACCACUUUAGGGAGUGGUUCCGCUGCAUUGGCCACGGUCCAGGUUGUUGGAACCUCUGACCUGUGCAGCCGGGAGCCGGGAAAUACGGUCGUAGGGCGGGCUGAGCAGACUGGACGGUUGCGAAGGGUGUUUGGCCUCAGACACCAAGAUAAAGACAAAAAAACGAAUGAAUUUAGGAAUCGUUAUGUUAUAUAUUGUGUCUCGGAAUUGUUUUUCUUUUUGUAAUAAACUAAUGAAAACUAGCGUGCCCAUAACCUUCUCUGUUUUUAGAUCAAGUUGCGUUUAUAGAAAGCCUCAGGCAGAGCUGAUGUUCGCCAGUCUGCACUGGUGUAGCUGCUUCAGUUGCUAAAAUCCUGAGAAGUUCCUCACAGGCUGCUAAACAGCUACUGCACUGAGCUUCCCAGGUACGCACCCUGGAAGCCCUCCGUGUGCCUCCCCACGAGCUGCUAGCUAAAGAGCUGCCUCCUGGCACCUGGCUGCCACCCUGGGCCCGCGUCCAGUUCACCGUAGCCGCACCACCCGCUUCCAUCUCAGCUUCUAAAGUCCCCAAGGAGAGUGUGGUCCGUACACUAAAGGUAUGGUUGUUUCACUACCUUUGCAUCUGUGCCUUAGAAAAAGAGUUCUCUAAUUUAAUUUAGAUGGUUAUAAAGCUUUUUAAACUAUAUUUUGAUAAUGUCUAAGCUGUUAUAAAAGUGAUUUCUCCCUGAAGAAUUAUUUACAUUUAAAUUUUGCAUUCCUCUAUUAACCACCAACACUUUAUGAGAAUUGAUUUCAGGUAGGAACUUCAAUCCACAAAAGAACCAACUAAAAUUACUCCAUACUUAUAUUUGAUCUCGGAUAAAUAAAAAUCAAGAUACGUAGAAUGGAUUUUGGCAAUACAUUAUUUAACUGUUGUUAUUUAGCUUAAAAUUCAUAUUUUAGGGCAUACAUAUGUCCUCAGCAUUUCUCAUUUGCCCCUGAGUUGCUCUUUUCCCUCUACUAUGUUGUUGAUUGUUCAGGAAAUACUAUCCAAGCAGACAGGGGAACAGAUUAGUCCGGUAACUGAAGGCCCACUUUUCCAUUGGUAGAAUGCCAACCAGUUUCCGAACAAUUAGACUAUGGUACAGUAAAAACACCCAUGUAGAACAUUCUUUAGGGUUGCUUUUCUUUGGAGAUGACUCUGGACACGAAUUAUUACAGAGGCCUAGGGACUGAGUUGAACCUGUACUGAUCCUAAUGAUGAAUCUUGGAACUUCCUUCUCUUUAAGGAAUAUGUUCUGAGCAGCAGCUUGUUUACUUGUCCCUGUCCUAAAAGUAAAAAUGUGGCAUAGAUACCCACUGUUUGGGGGGCUUUCACUGGUGACCUUCUUGAUAAAAAUAUUUGUGAAAUGACUUUGAGUGGUCUGAUUUGAUGAUUUGCUCUUAUCCUUUGUUUAUCUUGAAUAAAACUUCAUUUUUUGAAGAAACUUUCA